AUGGAGUCUGUCUACCGUAUCAUUGGUCUUGUCAAGAGAUCCAGAGCAACAGUGAUCAUUUUAUUCUGUUCCAUAGAAAACAUUGUCCCUUUAAUGGAACAGGCUUCUUUUCACAAUAUCACUGACAAAGUGUGGGUGGGAACCUCAGGCUGGUCUAUUACUUCUAAUUUCCCUAGGACUGACAUUUUAACAACCUUAAAUGGGAGCCUUGCAUUAGCGGCUCAAAAGGGGAAAAUUCCAGGCUUUAAGGAGUUUCUUUAUAGCAUCCAUCCUUCCAGAUUCCCAGAUGAUCCUUACAUGAAGUCAUUUUGGGAGAAUGUUUUUCACUGUAUUUGGCCAGGAAAUGAUACAGUCAAUAAUACAUCUCCAGCACUGCUUAAAGAAGACAUUGUUUGGUGCACAGGAGAGGAGAGACUGGACAGUAUUGAUCCCAAUAUAUAUGAUGUCUAUAACUUUAUAUAUUCAUAUAGAACACAUAAUGCAGUCUUUGCAGUAGCUCAUGCUUUGCACCAGAUGAAGAACUGUGUCCCAGGGAAAGGGCCUUUCAAGAAUGGAUCUUGUGCUGAUAUUUAUAACCACCGGCCUUGGCAGCUGCUUCAUUACCUCAGAAAGGUAGACUUCAACAACACAGCAGGAGAAAGAAUAUAUUUUGAUGAGAAUGGGGAUGUCCCUCAGUCUGUGGAGAUUUUGAACUGGCAGCUGUUCCCUAAUGGAAGUAAUCAGUAUGUCUCUAUUGGUAGUUUUGAUUUCGGCUCUCUAAAUGGCGAGGGGCUCAGUAUUCAGCUAAACAAGAUUUUAUGGAAUGGAGGACACAGCCAAGUCCCGAGUUCGGUUUGCAGUGAUCCAUGCCCCAAAGGCUACAGAAGAGCUGCACUUCAAGGGCAGAAGAUCUGCUGCUUUGAUUGCCUGCCAUGUUCUGAAGGAGAGAUUCUCAACCCAAACGGUUUGUAA